AUGAGCGUAGCGCAGGAAGGGAAGGCAUUCCGGGUCAGGACGCGGGGAGGAGGGGGGAGCAGGUGGAGAGUCUCAGGGCUGGUGAUCGAAGAGCUGAUAGGGGAAGGAGCCUAUGGUCACGUUUGUAGGGGAAGAGAGAAAGGAGGGGAGCAAGUUGCCGUGAAGAAGAUUUUCACCCCGACCGUGCUGCUUCGGAGGAGGGCGAUGGUGGAGGUGGCGGCGAUGAGAGCAAUGCAGGAGCACCCGAACAUUGUGACUCUGAGAAGUGUGCGGAGAGAGGGGACGAAGCACGGAGGUGGGGAACAAGGCUGCAAGCCGCUGAUGGAGAUGUACCUCCUUAUGGAGCUCUGCUCUUGCACGCUCCUGGAGUUCCUGGUGGGAGAGGAGUCCGAGACGCUCCUGAGGGAAGAAGCAGAGGGCUUGAGUUUACAGCUGAUAGAUGGCGUCUCGUUCAUGCAUUCUUGUUCUAUCUACCAUGGUGACCUCAACUCCAAAAACAUCCUUCUGAAGAGGAGCCUGGCAGGAUGCAUGUCUUCCUUGCGGGUAUGCGACUUCGGCAUGGCAGGAAGUGUCAGGCAAGGUGGAAAGAAGACGAAGCAGCUUGAAUUCAAAGAAGAAAAUCAGAGCACAUGCGAUGCUAUGGAAAGCUCUUCCACCAUGUACCCAAUCGUGCGACCCUCUAGGCAAUACAGGCCGCCUGAAAUACUGCUGAAUGCUCGUGAAGGAUACGAACAAGAAUCCGAUGUGUGGGCCGUUGGCUGCCUUCUCGUCGACCUGUCGAGGUGUGUCUUACCAGCCCAAGCAGCUUUCCGAAAGCCUCUCGUCGAUGAGAUCUCAGUUGUCGUGAGCUCCAGGGAUUCGGAGGCUUGCAUCGUGACAGAAGGUGUCCUUCGAGAGCUGCAGCAUGUGCUGCACCCUGUUGGAGUAUCAGUAUCGGACGACCUCCUCGGAAAGCCGACGGUUCAUGUGUUGGACUCUUUUCGAUCACACCCUAAGCACGAGAGAGAGGGCUGCAGAUUCAUCCCCGACGAAAUGAGAGGAUCAUGGAUCUUUCAGGUUGCGCCGAGUUUGUUGCGUCCCCACCCCGAGCGACGACCGUCGAUGGGCGGGAUCUUUGAUGGCAUUUCCGGAGAUGCUGUUAAGAUGGCUCGUGCAGCCGUGAAAGCAGAUGAUGUCGCCGUAAGACUCCUUGGGGAGAUUCAGGAAGGGCCAACGGAGAGCUGCGUCCGUUGGAUCUUCGGAGACUGA